AUGGCACCUGCCUUUGUCAUGUUGCCCGUGUGCCUCUAUGCCAUCGGGUCCAUGUCUCCUGGUGCUGAGGCCAAGGAACAUGCUGUCAGCGGGAACCGCCGCUUUCUUGCGAAGGCCCAGAGUGAAGGGCAGCAGUGUGGCAGCAGCGGCUCGGACGGUCACUUCUACGGCGACUGCUCCUCGGGACUCGAGUGUGUGGCUCCUGCCGCGGGCCCGCCGGUGGGCGCGCCGAGCACUUGUCAGAAGGUGGGGCAGCAGGUGGGGCAGCAGUGCGGCAGCAGCGGCUCGGACGGCCACUUCUACGGCGACUGCUCUCCUGGACUCGCAUGCGUGCCGCCGUGGGCGCUCCCAGCAUCUGCCACAAGGUGUGCGGCAGCUUCGGGGCCGACGGGGACCAUGUCAAUGGCACCUGCAGCGCGAGCCAGACGUGUUCUGGCAAGGCCGCCACGCCUUGCCGGGAGUGGGCUGGCGAGUGCUACAUGUACUGCGACGGCGCUGAUCGCCGACUUGCGCAGGGCGAAGGGCAGCAAUGUGGCA